AUGAAUACAGCUCUUAGAUAACCAUUAUCUUAGCAUAACUCUAUUGAUAAAAGAGAAAAUAAACAAGAUCAUAAAUAAGAUUUGAAAUCAUUUUCAUUUAUUAAAUCAAAUACACUAAAUGUAUAAUCAUAAUAAUAAUCAUAACAAUAGAUAUUAUUAUAAUCAUAAUAACAAUAAUAAUAGUAAUAACAACAAUAACAAUAGUAAUUACUAUAAUAAUCAUAACAAUAAUCAUAAUAAAUUAAUAAAAUUUCAUCUUAAACUACUAUUACUACUACUAAUAAUAACAAAAUCAAUAACUAAAUUUAAGAUUUAGAAACAUUCAUUAAAGAAAUCGAUAGGUUAUAAUUAGAAAAUUAAUAAUUAAAAGUCAAAGCCUAAGAACCUUAAAUAAUUAUUUAAUCAGAUCCUAAAGUAGCCAUUGAGAAUCAAGAUCUUAAAAAUCAUGUAGAUUAUUAAAAAUAAAAAUACGAAUUAUAAGAAAAGACACACAAUGAAACUGUUAGAUCAAUGGAUUUGAAUUGGAAACAAGAUGUCGUAACUAUGAAAUUUUAGAUGGAACAAUAAGAAUCAAAGCAUAGAUAAGCACUUAAAUAGGAAUAAGCUUAAGCAAAAUAAGAAAUUGCUAGACUUUAAUAAAAUUUAACAUAAAUAUCAAAUUCUGAAAAUAAAAAUCAAAAUUUAGUAUCAGUAUUGGAAAGGCAAUUAAUAAAUCUAAAAAAAAGUAAUAAUGUACUAGAAGAGAAAUUAUCCUAAGCAAUUUAAUAAUUUGAUUCUUAAUCCAAAGAUCAAGAAUUCACUUUAUUGAAAUAACAAGCAAUAAUUACUUCAUAAGAGUAACAUGUUUGUGAUUUGAAAAAUAAGUUAGGUUGUUAAAGGGAAUAAAAUUAAGGUCUUACCAAUGAAUUAGAAAAAGUAAAGGAAGUAGCAGAGUAGAAAAAGUAAAGUGAGAAUAUGUUAACAAAUAAAAUUAAAUAAGUAGAAAGUGAUUUUGAUCAUUUGUAAUCGACAUAUCAAUAACAUAAAGAAUAAUUAUAAUAGAAAAUAAAUGAAUUAACUGGUAUGUAUGGUAAAUCAUAAGAACAAAUUUGUUUAUUGUAAUAGUAAUAGAUUAGAGAACAGAAUUAAAUAAAGAGAUUGGAAGUGAAUUUGGAAAAUGAAGAAAAGAAUCAUGAAUAAGAAGUAAAAGAUAUUCAUAAAUCAAAAUAAUUGUUGAUUGAAUUUUUGGAAUAAGAAUUGUUAGGAUAUAAGGAAUAGAAUCAAUAAUUAAAGUUGGUUAAUUAAAAGUUAGAAAAUCAGCAUUAGGAAUAAUAAUAAUAUUUUGGUAAGAAUUUUCGAGAAUUGGAAUGCAAAACCAAUAUGCUAGGGGAGGAGUGUAGUAGAUUGAAUAACAUAAUAAAAUAGAAGGAUGAUUAAAUUUAUAGAUUAUAAAUUCAACUAAAAGAUUUGAUGAGUUUGAAUGGAAAGAAUCAAAAUUAAGAAGAAUUAUUAGAAUCAUUAUAAAUAAAAGAAGAAGAGAUAAACAUAUUAAAACAGUAGAAUGAAAGUUUGAUAAAUGAUUUAUCAAGAUAAACAGACAAUUACAGAAAUUUGGCUAGCCAACAUAAGCAAUUACAGAAAUCUGCAGAGGAUACUAAAUUUAAUAGUAUAACAAUGAAUGAGUUCAUGAGUAAGUGUGAACUUUAAGAAAGAGAAGUAGAACGAUUAAGAAUGAAGGUUUUGGAGAAAUCAUAAUUGUUGGAGAAGGUUCAGAAAGAGAAUUUAGAGUAUUAAGCUAAAUUGAAAUCAAAGUUAAGAUGA